ACACAAAGUGCAGGAGAGAGAGAGCGAGAGGACUCGAGGGUUUGAGGUGCAGAAGAAGAGCCCCCCGCCAUAGCCACUACAAAGCAUACGCUGCAACUCCACAGUUAAGCUUAGCUUGCGAGUUACCGAGUGUCGAGAGUACAGCUACUUUUGCCUCUGGAGUUCCACACCACAGGAGAGCGCAGAAUCAGUUCCCUGGUCUCGCGACGAGGGUCGCUGUACAGUCGCUUACUGUGAGGUUUCGAAAAACGGAACAGGAUACUGGAAGCGUUUUGGCUGGGGAAGGAGUGGGAAUACGGUUGUCGCGAAGGGGUGGCUCAAAGGCUGACUGACUGCAAGUGCUUUUUGAAACUAAGCUGCCACAAGUCGUGGCGCGGUUAAGUGCAGAUAGGUGGUGCGAGGUCGUGGAAGGUGGUGGUCCAGUUCACAGCGGAGCUUGACUCGGCGACUGAGGGGAGGAGACGGAGACGGUUCGAAAGAGUUGGAAACGAGGGCGUUCCAUUGCCUUUGACCUAGUCGUAAACGUGGCUGGAAGUUGUAGGAUGAGCUGGAAGCCGCAUGGUCCACGUCAACGUCAAGUUCUGGACGAACAUGCCUGCAGCUUAGGGAAGAGAUAAUGAAGUUUAGCAACGAAGUUGUCCACAAGUCUAUGAACAUCACCGAAGAUUGCAGCGCCCUGACCGGUGCGCUGCUGAAGUACUCAACCGAUAAGUCAAACAUGAACUUCGAGACCCUUUACAGGGAUGCAGCUGUAGAGUCCCCUCAACAUGAAGUCAGUAACGAGAGUGGCAGCACUUUGAAAGAGCAUGACUACUUCGGUCUCUCUGAGGUAUCGUCCUCUAACAGCAGCAGUGGCAAGCAGCCGGAGAAGUGUUGCAGAGAAGAGCUGAACCUGAACGAAAGUGCCACUACGCUGCAACUCGGCCCUCCUGCGGCAGUGAAGCCGUCUGGUCAUGCGGAUGGGGCCGAUGCACACGACGAGGGUGCGGGUCCAGAGAACCCCGCGAAGAGACCCGCACACCACAUGCAACAAGAGUCUCUUGCAGACGGGAGGAAGGCUGCCGCAGAAAUGGGGUCUUUCAAGAUCCAACGCAAGAACAUUUUGGAGGAGUUCCGGGCCAUGAAGGCGCAAGCUCACAUGACGAAGUCUCCAAAGCCUGUCCACACCAUGCAGCACAACAUGCAUGCAUCCUUCUCUGGUGCACAGAUGGCGUUCGGUGGGGCUAAGAACAAUGGUGUGAAGCGAGUCUUCUCUGAAGCUGUCGGAGGAAAUCACAUUGCAGCGAGUGGUGUGGGCGUGGGAGUUCGGGAAGGGAAUGACGAUGUGAGCCGUUGUGAGGAGAUGAAUGGAACAGAGCAGCUGGAUUUGAAGGUGCACUUGCCGAAAGGCAUGGGGAUGGCGCGGAUGGCACCAGUAUCCGGUGGUCAGAAUGGGUCAGCUUGGCGUAAUCUGAGCUUUGACAACAUGCAAGGUCCUCUGAAUCCGUUUUUCCGCAAAAGUCUAGUGAGCAAGAUGCCUGUUCCGGAUGGUGGUGAUUCAUCGGCGAAUGCCAGCAACGACUGUGCAAAUCGCAAGGGGAUGGUUGCAUCUCCCUCCGUUCAGCCACCUCCUGCGCAGAACCAGACUGUGGGUUGGCCACCCGUGAAGAACUUCAACAAGAUGAACACGCCUGCUCCUCCGGCUUCGACCCCUGCUAGAGCUUGUCCGUCGGUGCAGAGGAAGGGCGCUUCGACGUCGUCGAGCGGGAACCUUGUGAAGAUCUACAUGGAUGGUGUGCCGUUCGGUCGCAAGGUUGACUUGAAGACGAACGACAGCUACGACAAGCUGUAUUCGAUGCUGGAGGAUAUGUUUCAGCAGUACAUCAGCGGGCAGUAUUGUGGAGGUCGGAGCUCAAGCAGCGGGGAGAGUCAUUGGGUAGCGUCGAGCAGGAAGCUGAACUUUCUGGAGGGGUCGGAGUACGUGUUGAUAUACGAGGAUCACGAGGGAGACUCGAUGCUGGUCGGAGACGUGCCUUGGGAGUUGUUCGUGAAUGCUGUGAAGAGACUGCGGAUCAUGAAGGGUUCGGAGCAGGUCAACUUAGCUCCGAAGAAUGCAGAUCCGACGAAAGUGCAAGUGGCGGUGGGGUGAGGAGAUUGCAAUGGCGGGAUGUGCGAGCGUGGAGGGAAGGGGGUUGGGUGUGCGCGUGCGCACGUGAUGUGGGGUUGCAGUGGUGGCUGUUGCACCCGGUGGAGCAAGAGAAAGUGAAGGCGGGUGCAUCAUUUUUCAUUGAUCGGCAGUCGUGGAGGAAGGCGAAGGGGGCACAGUGGCGAUGGAUGUCAGUGUGGAGCGUUACAUAAAGUCGGUGGCGGGAGGCGGCCGUUUUUUUUAAAGAAACUUUAUUUAUCUUUAUUUUUUUUAUUUUUUUGGAAUUUGCAAUGGGAAAGAAAUUGGAGUUAGAAUAUUUUCUCGAUUCGCGUAUGUGGCGGGUUCGGGGUAGGAUGGGGGACAUACUGGGGGGCGGUAGUGUGGAGGCGGAGGAGGAGGAUGGAAGUGUAGAUCCCGAGUGCAUGGGUGGAACGGUGUGCAGUGCGGGACGUGCUGUAUUUUGUAGUUUCCUGUUGUGAAUGUUAUUUAUUUAAGCCUCUCCGCAAUGCGUUGCGUUGGGUGGUUGGGCCGGCGGGCAAGCCGGGUGGGCUCGUGAUGCAGUGUAGCAUUUUGGGUGUUGUAAUUAGCCUUUGCUGCUCUAUGGUUUGUUGUCUGGUAGACGAGAUAAGUGUGGCAGCCGGAGUCUGUUAGCAACGGCCUGAGGAAGCGUGCCAUCGUCCAAGUCUGUAGGAGUAUGGAAGAGUGGCGUAAGAAAGAUAAAGAAGCAGUAGUGGGAAGAGUGGUGGUGGUGGUGGUGGUGGAAGGGUGGUAUCCAGCCAGGGCGUGGAUGGGCGAGCAUUGUGGGUAUAUCACUCGCAGAAGAAGCGCAUGAGGCAAGGUGGUGAAAGGUGUUGUGGUGGAGACCUUGGUAGGGGUGGGGGUGCUUAUUGUCAGAUAGGCUUAGUUUGGCAGUGAGUUUGGCAGGAGGGUAUGUAAAUGGUCAUUAGAAAGCGAGCCCUCUAUGUUCUUUGGAUACAUUGCUCUUCCAUUUGCCGUGGGUAGCUGUUUUAGGAAUGCCUGUCUAGUGAGUUUUUUCUGGGAAGGAUUUCAUGAUUGUAAGUAUUUUACGUUUAACUAAUAUUUUUUUAGAGAUAUUUGGUGCUCUUUGAAGCAGGA